AUGUAUCCGUCGGACUCCUAUAUGGUAACAGAAGAAAAAAGAAGAAAAAAAGAAGUGGAGCUGGGCUUCGGCAAGGUACGAUUUGGACAUAAGGAGGCGGAGCCGGGAUCCACCAAGGUACGAUUUGGACAUAAGGAGGCGGAGCCGGGAUCCACCAAGGUGAGAUUAAAACAUAAGGAAGCGAAGCUGGACGCCACUAAGGUGAGAUUAAAACAUAAGGAGGCGAAGCUGGGCUCCACUAAGGUGCAAUUAAAACACAAGGAGGCAAAGCUGGGCUCCACCAAGGUGCGAUUUGGACAUAAGGAGGCGAAACUGGGCUCCACCAAGGUGCGAUUUGGACAUAAGGAGGCGAAGCCGGGAUCCACCAAGGUGCGAUUUGGACAUGAGGAGGCGGAGCCGGGAUCCACCAAGGUGCGAUUUGGACAUAAGGAGGCGGAGCCAGGAUCCACCAAGGUGCAAUUUGGACUUAAGGAGGCAGAGCCAGGAUCCACCAAGGUGCAAUUUGGACAUAAGGAGGCAGAGCUGGGAUCCACCAAGGUGCAAUUUGGACAUAAGGAGGCGAAGCUGGGCUCCACCAAGGUGCGAUUUGGACAAAAGGAGGCGGAGCCGGGAUCCACCAAGGUGAGAUUAAAACAUAAGGAAGCGAAGCUGGACGCCACUAAGGUGAGAUUAAAACAUAAGGAGGCGAAGCUGGGCUCCACUAAGGUGCAAUUAAAACACAAGGAGGCAAAGCUGGGCUCCACCAAGGUGCGAUUUGGACAUAAGGAGGCGAAACUGGGCUCCACCAAGGUGCGAUUUGGACAUAAGGAGGCGAAGCCGGGAUCCACCAAGGUGCGAUUUGGACAUAAGGAGGCGGAGCCGGGAUCCACCAAGGUGCGAUUUGGACAUAAGGAGGCGAAGCCGGGCUCCACCAAGGUGCGAUUUGGACAUAAGGAGGCGGAGCCGGGAUCCACCAAGGUGCGAUUUGGACAUAAGGAGGCGGAGCCGGGAUCCACCAAGGUGCAAUUUGGACAUAAGGAGGCGGAGCCGGGAUCAACUAAGGUGCAAUUUGGACAUAAGGAGGCAGAGCUGGGAUCCACCAAGGUGCAAUUUGGACAUAAGGAGGCGAAGCUGGGCUCCACCAAGGUGCGAUUUGGACAAAAGGAGGCGAAGCUGAGCUCCACCAAGGUGCGAUUUAGACAUAAGGAGGUGGAGCUACACUCCACAAAGGUGCGAUUUGGACAUAAGGAGGCGGGGCUACACUCCACGAUGGUGCGAUUUGGACAUAAGGAGGCGGGGCUACACUCCACGAUGGUGCAAUUUGGACAUAAGGAGGCGAAGCUGGGCUCCACCAAGGUGCGAUUUGGACAAAAGGAGGCGAAGCCGGGAUCCACCAAGGUGCAAUUUGGACAUAAGGAGGCGGGGCUACACUCCACGAUGGUGCAAUUUGGACAUAAGGAGGUGGACCUGUGCACUGGCAAAAUGCAGUUCGGACAUAUGAAGGUGAAGCUGGGCUCCUUCAAUAUUUAA